AUGACCAUGGAAGAAAAGCACUACUAUAUAAAGCGCUAUUUAACUUCUGGAGGAUAAUCAGAUAUAUUUUAAGGAUAUCAUUAAAGCGAUGGAGGAAAGAUAGAAGAUAGAGUAUUUAAAAUUAUAAAAUCUGACUCAACAGAUUAUUAAGAUUAAAUGAAUGAAUACAAUUUACUUAAAUCAAUAUCAUAUCCUAUAAAUAUAAUUUAAUUCUAUGAUCUAAUUUACAUUGAUUCUGAAUCUGUUUGUAUUAUAAUCAUAGAAUAGUGUGAAAAAAGCUUAGAGGAAGAAUUGCGAUAAAUGCUAUAAAAUAAUUGUUUGUUUACAUAAGCUCAUUUUGCUUAAAUUUUAUUUGAUCUUAUUGAUGGAUUGAUAGAAUUAAGAGCACACAAUAUCAUUCACUAAGAUAUCAAACCUUAAAACAUACUAAAAACGAUGCUGGGUAAUUAUGUUUACACUGAUUUUGGUAUAUCUGGCAAGCUUAAAGGUAGCGAAGUUGAGAUUAAAGGCUAUACCCUUUACUUUAGUCCACCUGAAUAACUUACAUAGCAAAGCAUCUCUAAUUAUAAAGGUGAUAUUUAUUCUCUGGGGAAAACUUUUUAAAGAUUAAUUUAUUUCUACAGAAGUUGUUAGAAUGAAAAAAAUUUUAAUAGUCCCUUCUUAUAAGAAUUAGUAUAAAUUAUAGAAAGUCGAAUGAUUAUUAAUUCAUGCAAUGAUCGGAUAGACUGCUUAGAUUUAAUUCAAUCGAUUUAUGAGAUAGUACUGCAUUAGGACUUAAAAAAUAUUUCAGCUUUUUAUUUAGAGAAAAUAAAUAAAAUUAUUUCAUCUAAUAAAUAUGACAAUAAAAAAGAUAUACCAUUUGUAUUAAAAGCUAAAAAGAUAUACAGCUAACUUCAUUUAUAAACUCGGUUACACUUGUUCAUUAGCUACUUCUUACAAUAAUAUUUAGGAGAAUUAUAUGCAAUUUUAGGAAACACUUAAGCAGCUUUAGAAUUUCAAAUAAAAUCUCUUGAAAUGAAUAAAUUUUUGUAUAAAAAUGCUCAUCCUUCCAUUUACAUUUGUUUGAGUAACAUUGGAAAGAGGUAUUCAGAAUAGGGAGAAUAUUUAAAGGCUUUAAAAUAUCAAAAUUAGUCUCUUAAAAUGAGACAAGCUUUAUAUCAAGGAAACCAUCAAUCAAUAGCAAAUUGUUUGAAUAUUAUUGGAGGACUUCAUGCAAAGCUAAAUUAGCCUAAAAUCGCACUACAAUUUUAAUUAGAUGCUUUAAAUAUGUAUAAAGAGAUAUUAGAAGAAAAUCAUCCUGAAAUAGCGGCUUGCUUAAAUAAUGUAGGAAAAAGAUAUGAUGAGAUAGGAGAAAAUACUAUUGCAUUAAACUACUUAACAUAAGCUUUGGUAAUGAGUAGACUGCUUUACAGCCAUGAUCAUCCCAUGAUAGCUACUUCUCUUCAUAAUCUAGGGUAACUAUAUUCUAAAAUAGGAUAACCAUAAAAAGCUUUAUAAUAUUAAUUAGAGGCUCUAAAAGUAAAAGAAGGAAUAUAUCCUCCAAACCAUCCUAAACUCUCAUAAACUCUCCAUAACAUAGGAUAGAGAUAUGCAGAGCUAAACAGACCAUAAAUAGGUCUGUCUUAUUAACUGAAAUCUUUAGAAAUUAGAAAAUAAUUUUAUUAAGGAAAUAACUUAAGUACAGCUUAAUCACUUGACAGUGUUGGUGAAAGAUAUGCAGAGCUUAAAGAUUAUUAAAAAGCCCUUACUUUUCAAAAAGAAAGUUUAGAAAUGCGUAAAGCUUUACUAAAAGGAAAUCACAUUUAUAUUGCAUCUUCAUUGGAGAAUGUAGGAGAAAGAUAUGCAUAACUAGACCAAAAAUAAGUUGCAUUAACGCAUUAACUGCAAGCAUUAAAAAUGUAUAAAAAGCUUUUUCAUGAUGACAAUUAUCAUAAAGCAUGUUGCAUGAAUAGUGUGGGUAAAAGAUAUGAUGAAAUUGGAGAUUUAGAAAAUGCUUUAAAAUAUUAACUUUUAUCACUAGAAAUGAAAUAAAGAAUAUUUCAAGCUAACAAUCCUAGCAUAGCAUAAUCAUUAAAUAAUGUAGGUGAAAGAUACGCAAGGAUAGGAAAUAUUUAAUAAGCUAUCAAAUAUUAACUUUAAUCACUUUAAAUGUAUGAGAGUCUCUAUGAUAAAAAUCACCCCUAUGUGAAAACUAUAUUAUAAAAUAUAAUCAGCAAGUAUGUUUUAUUAAAAUAGUUUGAUCAAGUCAAUAAAUAUUAACAGUAGUUAGCAGAAUGCAACAUCUAGAAAGAUAAGUAGUAAAUUCCAUUCUAAAAAUCAUCUAGUUCUGACACCAAAUAAUAAAUUGAUAAGUAGUAAAAUGAUUAAUCUUUAUAAAAAUCUUGGUGA